AUGCAAAAGAUGCGCGACCCUCCAUUGUCCACUUAUAAUCAACCCCCGGAAAUUUCAUCAUUACUUAUGGAAAAAAACAAAAAUCGUCAACAAAUUGAAAAGUUAAAGAUUCAGAGCGAUAGACUCAAACCAAAAUGUGCAGAGAUUAAUCGUAAUGUUAAAAAAACAAUAAACAAUCAAAGUGAUCAUAGCUUGAAAAAUAAUUCCACAGUCAACAUAGAUGAUAGUACCAGCAGUGAUAGAAGUAUGAUGAAUUCUUCAGACAAACUAGAAAGUCACAAAAACAGCUCAAAUAAAAAAAAUUAUUUAUCGAUAUUAAACAAAUCCGCAGUGGUUAAUACAAAUACCGUUAGUAUAUUACGUGAGUGGAAAUUGUAUUCAGACAGAGAAAAGGAACAAAGGCAAAAACUUUGUGAAUUAGAAUCCGGUGCGUUCACAAAUGCAGCUUAUAAUUCUUGGAAGCAUGAGGAGGAGAUGAAAAUGAAAUUUAACCAAUUAAAACAAAUGGAGCGUAAUCGUUUAAAUGUAAUGAUAAGUCAUGAGGCAUCAUCAACCGCUAAAUUCAAUCUUUACUGUAAACGACGAAUUGCAGCUAAUAAUUUGAAAAAUGAAAAGCGUGCCAAACUGUUGGAAUCCUUAAAUGAAAAGAAAAUACAACAGGAUAAACUGAAUAAAAUAGCGAAAGAAGUUGCUAGUUCGCAUGAAAAUGCAAAAAUUGCAAAGGAGAAAUUGAUGGAGGAGAAAAAGAAAUCAGCUGGCGAAAUACUUAAGGAAAGCAAACAUCUGUUAGACGAAGCUGAAAUAAAAGCUCAAGAGGAAAUAAAAAUGAAAAAGGAAUUGAUAAAGCAGAUUCAAGCAGAAGAACUAUCAGCUAUAAUGGUGAAAUCACAAAAUACAAAACAAAUUGAUUUAACCAAUACACCUGGACAUGGUCUAUUAAAUGAAAUGUCUAUAAUUGAAUUAAGGGAACGCCUUAAUCAAUUGAAAAUUAAUACUCAACGUGAAUUAGAAGAGAAAAGAGAUGCAAUAAUUAGUAGUAAAGAAAAGAAAACAAAAGUUUUGUUAGAGUUACUUACUAGAAUUGGCAAGCACAGAAGUGUAAAAACUAUAGCUGCAACGAGAAAAUUAGCCAAUAAUAAGCAAAAUCCUCUCAUUGAUAAUUGCAAAGUGACAAAGGAAGACAUAUAUAAAAAUGAUCAGUCAAUGCAGCAAUUACUUGAUUAUUUGAGUAAACAAAGAGAAGAAAGACACAAGUAUGCAAAAAGCGAUCAGUCACAAAAAUUCAGAAAAUACGUGAAUAAAGGUGUUAAAAAUAAACAGAAUGAAUCCUUGAAAACAUUCUGGGAUGAGCUUGAACGUCAGAGGGAACGAAGAUCAUGUAUUGAAACAGGAGCUACACAUCAUCCUUCGGAACAUUUAAUUACAGCUUAGAGCAACUGCAAGAAAAAGUAUCCCGAAUCGACUUUUGAAAUAUGCUUCAUAGAACAAUUGUACGAAAGAAUGUACAAUUAAAGUACUUUUUUAAUGAAAGCUCUUACUAUUUAAGACAUUUAGUCGACUUGCUCAGUAAAUUAUAAUUGAACAAACUAAGAGAAAAUAACAGCAAUAUUUUUGGUAAUUAAUUUUAAAGUAGAU